AUGACGUCGAGUUUUAUCGGCUGCAUUCUUACGUGCACGUUUUUAUGCAUCUGCCUAAACAUUGGCUUUUUGUACGUGAUCUUUGAACAAAAGAGAAGCUGCGAUCGAGUGGUGGCGGAGUUGGAGUUUGAACUUGAGGGAUAUUUUCAAAGGAGGAUAUCGAAUGAUUUUACAGAUUCUUUGCAUGUUCCCAGUCACAGGAAUGUGGCUAAAAAUCAGGAAAGACUACCUGCACCUGCUCCGCUCGUAGACCGUUCACAAAGGCCCGCUUCCGCUGACUCUUCUCCGCUCAAUCUCCCGUCAUUAGCGGGCAAUAAGCCUCCAGUAAAAGAGCCGAUACAAAAGGCACCGGUGAAGAAGUCCCAAUCACCGAAAGAAGAACGUGAGAUGUUGAAACAAUUUGCUGAUUCAAUUCCUGACGCACCAGAGCCACAUUUGGGAACUACACAGAUUCCGGAGUUUGAGGAUAGUCAAAUUGACCAUGUUCCAACUGUCAGAAGUACAGUUGAUAAUGUCCACGUUGUGAAGGAACAAAAAGAACUUUCUGCUGGAACUCCUGACUUCCUUGAAGAAAUUCCUCCAGAGUCAAUCGAGCCUGGCCGGCAUUUCAAAAAAGAAUCCAGAGAACCGGCAGAAGAUGAAGUCGGGAUACAACCAGAACUGAAAGAUUGGGAGCUACCAGAAAAAUAUGCCACGUCUGAAGAUGUUUCGAGUUUUCGAAAUUUCGACAUCCUUAUUCAGCCGAAGAUUCACAAGGAUGACUUCGGUUUCGCUGUGAUGGUCUAUUCUGAGCUUUUAGAAGUUGCCAAAAGGCGUGCUAUAAGAGAAACAUACGGAAGCAAGAUGAAAGAAGUGGGAGCUACAGUAAUUUUCCAUCUGGGACGCGCAGAGCAGCCAGUAAAUAAUAUCGAAAUUCAAAUCGAGGCCGAAGAAAACAACGACAUCGUGCAAUACGAUAUCAAGGAGAAUGCGUAUAACAAGACACUUGUAUCACUGAUGUCCUUGAAAUGGUUUGAUAAGGUUCUAUCAGAUAACACGCCUGUCGUUGUUUUGUCCGACUCAAGGACUUACAUUGAUAUGUCGCAGUGGUCGGAGACUGUCGGUCUUGGAGAUAAUAAACGCGACUGGUCGGUCUGUUCCCAAGUGCGAUUCUACGACGAAGUUCAACGAAAAGGAAAAUUUGGAGCUUCAGAAGAAAUGUAUCCGAUGGAGUUUUAUCCAACCUAUUGCCAAGCUGGCUGUUUUGGUCUAUCGAGAGAUGUGGUCAAAGAUAUUGUUGAAAUGAUACCUCAAACUCGAUACUUUUACCAGCCUCAGAAAUACAUCAGUGGUAUUUUACGAAAGAAAACGAAUAGAGCACCGCCUAAUGCACUCAAAAACGGACCUCUGAUGUGCCAACAUCUUGAUGAUAUGAGAUUUCUUUCGAAAAGAUAUAAUUUGAGCUACAGUUCUGGUUCUAUAGAAGGCAUGCUGCGAGAAGCACAUGAAAGCCUGAUGAAAUAA